UUGAACUGAUUUAGUAUCAGUUGAACUUCGGAAUCGGUCGGAACUCAGCUUGAGUACGUUAUUGUCUCGUGGAGCUUGUGAGCUGUUCUAUAUUUGUGGACGUAUUGUCAAACAUAUUUUGUUUAGAAGAUGUGAUAAGUUGACCAGUGGAGGAAGCAUUUCAAGAAACGUGAUAAUAAAUUCGUCAAACUAAUAUACGGCGCGUAGAUCGCAAUCAGGUGUGUGAAAAGUGUUGUGUUAUUUUUCAAAAGCCAAGAGUGAUGAUCUGAUUUUAUGUAGAAGCCACUUCACACCUCUUGUUGUGGACUGGUGAUUUUUGUAAGUGAUUACGAAGAGAAUUCCAUUUGAAAAUACGUGACCAUCAAUCGACUUCCAUGCUGAUGGUGAUAAGAAAAAGACGCACCAGCGUCCAUCAGGUGGCUAAAAUUGGAAAAAAAACCGUGCUCAAAUCUAAGUUCAACUGUUUCAAAAGUGACGGCAACGUUAUCGUAUGAGAAGUGUUUGUGCUCUACGGUGUGCAAGAAAGGUAUCUAAGUGAAAAUGUGAGUAAUUAAACCAAACUGGAAUAAUCUAGGAGUGAUACGCCGAGGAACUGAUAAUGAAAUGUUUUCCUGUGAUGGACACAUUGAAUCACCGGCUUGUUUCAGAUACACUGACGAAACGUCAUCCUGUUCAUUAUUGAAAACCACCCACCGUACCACCUACUUUGCAAUGAUUCAGCCCAAAUGCAUAGGAAAGCGCAUUCUCCUUACGCUGGGUGCUCUCGUAACGCUUACGUUAGGCAUCGCCAAUGGAUUCGCGACACUUGCAACUGAGUUGGAUAAACCCCAGCGAUGUUUGCAGGAGCGGACUUACAAAAUGGUCGGUUACAACUGCGCCAACCUCAAUCUGAAGGAAAUCCCGCAGACAUUGAAGAGUAGUUUACAGAUUUUUGAUCUCAGCUUCAAUCGCAUACGCGACCUAAAUAGACAUUCGUUCGCACGUUAUACUGACGUCAAAUAUCUGUAUCUGUUCGAGAACAUGAUUCAGAACAUAGAGGAUGACACGUUCAGUGAGCUCAACAGUUUGGAGGCUCUCGACUUAUCCAACAACGCAUUGAAGACCAUCCCACAGGAAAUUUUCCGACUGCCACUGUUAAGGAAUUUAUAUGUAGCGCAUAAUGCACUCAGUGACUUGGAUCGCGAGUUAACCGAGUUGGCUAAACCCAUUCGAGCCCCCAUUCAGAUUCUCAGUCUAGCAGACUGUUGGUUAACCAAACUGCCGAACUUCGGAAUAAUGCCGGAUCUCUGGCAGCUGAAUAUUUCGUCCAACCCGAUGACGGAGCUGACGGUGGACCAGUUUUCUCCAAUGUGCAACCUGCGAUCCUUAGAUCUUAACAACACCCAAAUCCCGAUCUGCUCCUGCCAAAUCAUCACAACUGAACUCAGCGUAAGACGCACAAAGAUCCUCAACAGUCAUCCUCACUGUACACCUCUGUUUUCAGCAGAGCAAAGUAUUUGCGCUCAGGACGUUUCACCUGCUCCACCCACAAGUGACUAUCAGCAGUGCAUCGAAAUUCGGACUGCCCGCAAACUGAAUACCGAAGCCAAGACAGCGUGGUUCAAAAUAUCCUUGGGAGUGCUGGCGUGCAUCGUUCUGUUCUCGCUGAUCCUGUAUUGCUUUCAUAAGCGAAAUGCCAAGAGUAUUAAGGAAGGCAGCAAAAACGGAAAGAAAACUACUCCAAUUCAUAAAGUUAUGGUGCCCUCUGGUGAUGAACUGCCGAUCGUCGAAAACGGAAACCGUGAUAAACUUAUAAAUGAUUGUGAUUAGCGUUGCACCGGUUACAAGCGGGCAUUCUACAUCUAGCAACACGUUGUGGAUAGUUCAACGAACAAGACUAACGAUUAAAAUUAAGUGGCUCGUUUAGGACUACCGGAAUCACACGAGAGUCGUCUGAAACCUCCUAUCGAUCAAUAUGUUCUAGUAUUUAGGGGUCUUAAUAUAUUAUACUCGCGCCACGUUUUCGUUUGGUGAAACGUCCGAAUUGUACAUAAAUAACAAGAGAGUAGUGAUUAUUAGAUAAUAAAGAUUUUUAAACCGAAGUCAAAACGCCUCAGAGUUUAAAACGUGCACAGAUGAGGUAUAUAACAGAAUCGGUAUAGUUUUUCCAACAACAUGUUAUAUUUGAGAGAAAAUUUACAUUAAAAGUUAUUUUAUAGUUUCAAAAUAGCUAGCAUACUAUUCAGCUGAGAUUAUGAAUAGUAAUCGCAGAACAUAACAUACAAUAAUUAUCCUCAGCUUGUAAAUAUAAUAAAAAUGAAAUGAAAAGGAAAUCAGAAUUCCAGUUUAUA